AUGGCGCCGCUCUCGCUGGAGCUUAUGGUUCCCUGCUCGGACUCUCUGUAUCACACGGUUUUCCGUGACUCCCCACGCGACAGACACCUCCUUGUAUAUAAGAUUGAGAAUCGGUGCGGUGGAUCCAAUUACUAGGGUCCCCACCUCACCGACCUACAAACUCGACCUAGAGUCUUAGUUGCCUGUUUUACAUAACUCAGACAAGGUUCCUCUUGUUUUCUUUCUCCCCUCCCACCUUAUCCCCCCAGUACUUCCCCACUCCUUACUUCAAGCUCCCCCCCCUUUUUUUUCUUCUUCUCCUACCUACCCAGCUACUCCCUGAAGGCUCGGGACAAAACAAUAUUCGGGGACUUAACAUCCCAGAACGACGUUCCCAACUCCUCCAGAACCUAUGGUCCAGCAGAGUCUCUGUGGCAUUCCUACAGGAAAAACACUUCCGAGAUGGACAGGCCCGAGUGCUCUGCAACAACCGCUGGCUAUUUCGCAAACCACUGUGAUGCAAAAUGA